AUGUACAUUGACGAGAGGUAUCUGGAGAAAAGAUACUUCUAUUGGGGGUGCUUCGACAACUGCAAUUCGGGAUGGUACUCCUAUGGACGCUGGAUUCUUAUGGGAUGCUUGAUUGCCCUCGGUAUUGCCAUGCUGGUGUUUGUGAGGUGGUUCUCUGGCCAGAAGGUUCGCCACGGCCAGCAGCCACUGCCCAUGACGGGCUGGAUGGUUCCGCCCAGCUACUACCAGAGCCAGCAGCAAUACAACCAGCCAACAAACGGGGACGGCCCCGCACUUCCGCUGUACAACCAGCAGCCUGGUGAUGACGACGCAGGCUACUACGACUCUCACGGAAAUUUCAUCUCCAAGCAAGAAACCGAUAACUUCCCCCCGGCACAUAUGCGACCAGACAACACUCAGACUUCCACCGAAGCAGAAGGCGAUGCUGCUGGAUACUACCGGCCCCCUCCUGGGCCUCCUCCUACUACGGGGGAUAACUAUGCUCCUCCCAGUGGGCCGCCUCCUGCAGCUACGCGCUGA